AUCUAUUUUUGUGUGUAUUUCAUGGUUGACAAACCGUCAACUUGUAGAGCGUUCCUAACUCCCAAUUCUUUUUAGGGAACUUGAAAUCAGCACAACUCUCCCAGCCGGGUGUCGUGAUAUUGAGAGGUCAAUCUUCUUCCAAUCCAGCUGUUUUCCCCCCUCAAAGUAACCCAAAAUGUCCGGAGAUCUGCCACUUAACAUCAACAUCAAAGAGCCGCGAUGGGACCAGGGAACAUUCAUGGGCCGAGCCAAGCACUUUUUCAUGGUGACGGACCCCAGGAACGUCUUGCUGUCCUCCGCCACGCUGGAGGAGGCCCGGCUCAUCAUAGAGAACUACAGAUCGGGCGUGCUGAUGCCCGGCCUGACGGAGGACCAGCUGUGGCGGGCCAAGUAUGUGUAUGACUCUGCCUUCCACCCCGACACUGGGGAGAAGAUGUUCGUGAUCGGCCGGAUGUCUGCUCAGGUGCCCAUGAACAUGUCCAUCACUGGCUGCAUGCUCACCUUCUACAGGACCACACCGGCAGUGGUGUUUUGGCAGUGGGUUAACCAGUCCUUCAAUGCAGUGGUCAACUACACCAACCGCAGCGGAGAUGCUCCCAUCACCCUCAAUCAGCUCGGCGCAGCGUACGUAAGUGCCACAACUGGUGCCGUGGUCACUGCUCUGGGCCUCAAGUCUCUAGCCACGCGUCUCCCUCCCAUCGCCAGCCGCUUCGUGCCCUUUGCCGCUGUCGCCGCUGCAAACUGUAUCAACAUUCCCUUCAUGAGACAGAGGGAGUUGAAGUAUGGCAUCCCUGUGACAGACGAGAACGGAAACAGGUUAGGAGAGUCUGCCAAUGCGGCCCAGCAGGCUAUCAUGCAAGUGGUCGUGUCCAGGAUUGGCAUGGCAGUACCUGCUAUGGCUAUUCCUCCUGUCAUAAUGAACGCGCUGGAGAAGAGAGCCUUCAUGAAGCGCUUCCCUAUUCUCAACGCCCCGAUCCAGGUGGGGCUCGUGGGCUUGUGCCUGGUGUUUGCCACACCUCUGUGUUGCGCCCUGUUCCCACAGAAAAGCUCAAUGAAAGUAAGCGGGCUGGAGGCGGAGCUUCAGGAGAGGAUACGACAGAGCAACCCAUCCACCACAAUGGUUUACUUCAACAAAGGCCUGUAGGAAAUUCAUGUGCACACCUGAAUGGCUACACAAGUUAUUUAUGCAAAUUGUUUUUUGGAAAUGCUAUCAAGUCAAGCACAUGGAGAAAUAGUUUGCAUGUGUAUUUGAUCUAUUUCUUAUAUGUGUAUUUAUCCAUGAACU